GUUUCAUUGCUUUUAUUCGUAGACAGAAUACAGUCCUGUGUGUAACAAUCGUCCGGACACUACGUACAACGGAUUUGUAAAAGAAAGAAACUGAGUGAAAAAGAGAAGGAAAUCAAGAAUAAAAGAAGUAAAGCACAAGAAGUUCGAACAUUUGGAUCAAAGGAGAUUUUUAAAGGGCUUCCUCGAUAUGUCUCUUCGUGCUUUGCACGUUGGCUUAUUGCUUGUCGUAUUACAGACGAUUCUUCAAAAAUAUGGAGAGGCAACACUGACAGUUUUUAAUGUUGAAAAUGGAGAAGUACAUCAUAGACAAAAGAGAGAAUGGAUAGUACCUCCCAUCAGAAUAAGAGAAAAUGAGGAUUAUAGUAAUAAAAAUCCAAUUGCAAAAAUUCGAUCUGAUGCUCUAAAAGUCGCAUAUUACAGAAUAUCAGGAAAAGGAGCCGAUGAACUACCAUUCCGCUUAUUUACUGUUAAUGAAAAAACUGGUGAAGUCAGUAUUAUGGGCAUUGUGGACAGAGAGCAGUAUAACCGAUUUGUUCUGAAAGGAUAUGCUUUGGACAGUACUGGAACCCCAGUGGAAAAGCCCAUAGAUCUGGUGGUCAAGAUAGAUGAUGUCAAUGACAACCCUCCCGUUUUCUCAUCCUUAUUGUAUAAUGCAGAAGUCAAAGAAUUAAGCGAGCCAGGUACUGUUGUAUUCAAUCUUACUGCAACAGAUGCAGAUGAGCCAGGCACAUUAAAUUCUAAGCUUGCUUAUCAAAUAUUGGAUCAGCAACCUUCAGAUGGAAUUAUGUUUUAUCUUGAUGAUGAUAAGAUCAAGGUAGCACAGCCGAGUCUAGACAGGGAGAAAAUUGAUCAGUAUACUUUAGUUAUUCAAGCCAAAGAUCUGAACGGAGGAGAAGGCUGUAUGUCUGCAACAGCUUCUGUUCACAUUACAGUUCUGGAUGUCAAUGAUAAUAUGCCCAGGCUGGAAAAAGAAAAUUAUGAAGGUAGUAUUGAUGAGAACACAGCGAAUGUGGAAGUCCUGAGAAUGAAAGUUAAUGAUGAUGACCUUGAAGGUACAGAAAACUGGCAGGCAGAAUAUUUCAUUGAAUCAGGCAAUGAAGGUGGAUACUUCAGAAUGGAGACUGACGCAAAAACCAACGAAGGCAUCCUGAUUCUUCAAAAGGAAGUGGACUAUGAAGAACUGCAAAACCUUGAGCUUGGAAUUAGUGUUCGGAACAAAGCUGACUUAGUUGGCGCUGGUGCUGGCGCUGGUGCUGGUGCUGGUGCUGGUGCUGGUGCUGGCGCUGGUGCUGGUGCUGGGGCUGGAGCUGGGGCUGGUGUUGGUAUAAGUGGUCGUGGAGGAAAACUUGUCCCAGUUAAUAUCAAAGUGAAGAACAUGAAAGAAGGUGCAAGUUUUAGUCCAAAAGUAAAAGCAAUUCCAGUUUCUGAAGAAAAGGGCAAAGUAGACCUUACCAAACCUGUUGGUCGUUAUGCAGCCAUAGACAGAGACACUGGAAAAGUGGCCGACAAAGUCAGGUAUGCAAAGGGCAAUGAUCCAGGUAACUGGCUGAUUGUUGACCCAAAAACUGCGGACAUAAAGCUUGCUAAAAUGCCAGAUCGAGAAUCUGAAUAUUUACAAAAUGGCACAUAUAUAGCUACGAUUUUGGCCAUAAGUGAAGACAUGCCUUCAAAAACUGCAACGGGAACUAUUGCAAUUCAAGUGGAAGAUUUCAAUGACCACUGCCCAACUCUUAUAACUACUUCUGCCUUCUUGUGUGAAGAUAGUAAAUCAAUUGUUGUCACAGCUGUAGAUGAAGAUAUUGAUCCUAAUAGUGGCCCAUUUAAAUAUACAAUUAUUGAUGAACCUCGUGGAACAGCAGAGAAAUUGAUAGUUGAAAGACUCAAUGAUACUAGUGCAGUACUUCGAUUGCACAAAAAGCCGUGGCCUGGUGUAUAUAAGGUCAAACUCAAUAUCCAGGAUCAGCAAGGAAAAAACUGUUCAGAAUAUCAAGUCUUAAAUUAUGAGGUCUGUGGCACACAGAAAAGAAUAGGAACAAAACUUGGACUAGGAGGUGCAGCUAUUGGCCUGAUGUUCUUAGCACUUUUAUUGUUGCUUCUUGUUCCUCUUCUGCUGCUGACUUGUCUUUGUGGUAAUGCUGCUGGUGCAGGAGCCUUUAAGAAAGGAAUUGUUGAAGAUGCAACAGAAGGAAGAUUAAUGACGAGUGCUUCUGAAGGGAUAGGAGAAGAUAAGGACUUUAAUAAAUUACUCCACAACGAGGGGUUUGUGAGCACAUGGUCAGAAAAGAAAGACCGUUUACUAAUGGAUGCUAAUGUGGUAGGAGCAGCUGGAGCAAUGAAUGCAGUCAAUGCAGUAAAUAUCAUUGAAGGACAGGUGAUGCAUCAGCCUGGUGGAUCAGUAUAUUUUCAACAAAGAGAAGGGUCAAUGGACAUGAUGAACAGAAGAGAAGACCUUGUUGUAGGUGGCGCAUUCAUGGAGCAGGGAGAUGAAUUUGAUAUUGUGGCUCUCCCUGAUCACAUGUUAAAAACCUACUACAUGGAGAAGGCAAACAAUUAUUCAGAAGAGCCAGAAGACAGGAUAUUUAAGUUUAGCACCGAAGAAGACAAAGCCUCUGUCAUUUCUGCUGUUGACAUUUGCAGAGAUAUAGAUGAAAGUUUGGAUGACAACUUUUUCAACAGUUUGGGUCCCAAAUUUAAAACACUUGCAGGCAUCUGCACUGUCAAUGAAACUUCUGAAGCUACUUACAAAGACUUAGCAGUUAAUGUUGAGCAAAGGUCUGUGGUAUCUUUACCAGCAAAGCAGAGUGGUGGUUUAAUGUCAAAUCAGAAAAUAUCUACUGUUCAGGUGAAAAGCCAAGUUCCUCCUCCCAUUGUCCAACAGGACGUGUCUGUUACGGAGAAGUAUAGUACUACUACAUCUAAAUCUGCUGUUUCACAGCCUGCUGUUUCACAGUCUACUGUUUCACAAUCUGGUGUUUCACAGUCUGCUCUUUCACAAUCUGCUGUAAACUUGCAAAAAAAUGUACUAGUUUCAGAUACAUCAUCAUCAUAUGUCCCUCAAACCAUGUACUAUGCCACUACCCCAGUCAUUCAAGCCACUCGAUACAUUGUUGAGCCCCAGAUACAGCCAAAUGUGCUGAUUGCAGAUAGGGGCCAAGCCAUUGUUACUGGUCUUCAUGGAUCUGUGAGGGUGGCUGAAAGUCCACUUACACAAAAUGUACUACUUACAGACAAACGAGUGAUCGCAACACCAGUUAUUCAGAGUGGUGUAGUAGGAAUUGAUUCAGGUACUUUACGUAUGAGUGAAAUUCCUGUUGCCCAGAAUUUAGUGCUUGUGGACAGAUAUGGUAAUCGCAUACAGGGAGGAGUAGCUGGAUUAGAGCAAGGUACUUUGCGCCUGGGUGAAAUUCAGGGUUCUAAAAAUGUGCUGAUAACUGAGCAGAAAGUAUUGACAGGUGCCAGCGUGCAGAGUAACGGUAUAGGUUUAGACCAGUCAACUUUGCAUAUGAGUGCAGUUCCAAGCUCUCAGAAUGUUGUAAGAGUGGAAAAAAGAACAGAAUCCAUUCCUGUUUUACAGAGUAUGAGGAUUGGUGGGGACCCAGCCAGUGUCCAAACUAAGAAUAUAGUUGUAAAGGAAAAAACAGUGGUUUCUGGUCCUAGCAAGUUGGCUGGAGUGACAGGCUUUAAUCAUGAAAUAAUCAGCAUGACCGAAAACCUAAAGAAUGUAAAAUGAGAAGGAUUCCCCUUUUAGUCAGAAAAAUACUUAGGAAGACAUUUUGCCCUACUGUUUCAGGUUUACUUUUUUUGUAAUGAGAAGCAAAGUAUUGCUCUGGGCUAGGCAUCUUUCAAAAAAAUCUGUCAUGAAAGCUGAAAGUCAAUGUCACAGUCAAGAAAUGAUUGUGUAUUGUUGAACUAAUUGGGGAUAUAAGUUGCAUUGAACUGUAAUUAGCAUUUAUAUGAAUGUUUCAAUACAAUUAACCCAAACUGUGCACAGUAUUUGUUAAGGGCCCUGUUUCAGCAGGUUAAACUUUAAUAAGCUUGGUGUAGGCUGUAAAGAAUGUGAUAUCUGAAACAUUAUGAAUUCAAUAGCAAUUUGGAUUCAUAUUUCUGGUUGGUAUUGAGGCAUUGGUGCCCUAACCCAAAGCUUUUUAAAAUGUUAGAAAUCAGUUUCUAAGUAAAAUGCAUUAAGAUGAGGUUUUUUUUUUUUGCUGUUUUAUACAUUUUAUAAGUAAAAUCCAAAAUCUUAACAGGUUUUAAAUUAAAUGCACAAUUAUAUUCACUUCAUUAACACCAGUUUGCUGUGCUGUAAGGGCGGGAAGCACAUUUUUCUAGGGAGAUCAUCUCGGAAAAUAUUUGGGAACAGUUCAUCUUAUCCUGGAAAAUGAAGUGAUGCCAACAUGUGAGCACAAUAAAUGAUUGGGUCAUACAAUAUAUAAAUCAGCGAUGGUUAGACUGGUUAGUAACCAUUCAAGGUUUUGACUUUCUUUUCUUUGGUGUUUUUUUUUUUUGCUUCACUCCUUUUUUAAUUUUGAAUCACACCUUUUGAGAUAUUCCCCAAAAAAUAAUAAAUUGGUAAAUAUAAAAAUAGAUGCAUAAUAAAUAAAUGAGUUGGUAAAACAAUAGUAACUCCAUUCUCAUUUCCUGGUGGAAUAUCUGCCAGCUGAGAUUUUUUCAAGGUGUGGGAUGAGAUAUUGGUAUUUUUCCCUUUUAUGUGCAGCAAUGACAAGUUAGUUUGUAUUGUUUUUUUCUCUGGAACUUGGCGCUUUUAAAUGUUAUGUAAAAUGUAAAACUUUUGUUUUUGUAAGUUGUGCAAUAUUUCACAUAUGAAUGAAAAAGCCAAUAGUGGUCUUUUUUAAAAAUUUGAUUCAGUAUAUAUAGCUUUAUACUAUAUUAGUAGUUUUUAUUCUAAAUGAAACAUUGUACAUAGUUUUCGUGCAGAAAUUUAUCUGUACUCCAUUAAUUAAAACUGACAUAAAGGUUACUACACACCAUAUAAUAUUGAACCAACUACUGGGAUUUUUAAAUUGAUAUUUAAAUAAUAAAUAUUUAAAAUUAGCAUUAACACAUUUCAGAUGUAAACGUUAUUGUCAUGUGUAUGGAGUACAGUGAAAUUUUUACUUGCAUGACAUAAUAGUUUAUGUUUUUGUCUUGGUGAGUUAUAAAAUGUUUUCUGUUGUGCAUUUUUUAAAACAAUUGUUUUAGGCAAUGUUUUGGUUUACAGGUUGAAAAGGAAAGGAGAACAUUACCUUUUAACUUUUAAGUGAUGAACCUUUUGUGCAGUCUUUUGCAUAUGCACUUGUUUUUUUUUUCAUUUUUCAGAAGACAAAUGUACAGUUAUGACCUCCCCUUAAUGUGUAAAAGACUACAAGUAUUUUUUUAACUAAUAUUCAAAGGCAAUUAUAUUAUGCAUUUACCUCUGUGCUGGUGACUUUUG